GGUUGCAGGAGUUUGAAGUCUGACUGACUAACGAGACAACUUUACAAAAGUUUACAGCAAUGAAAACAUGGAUAAGAGCGACAGCUGCUGCAGCGUUACCUGACUGACAGACACACACACACACACUCACACAGACACACACACUCACACACACUGUCACACACAGACACACACAGUUCCCUACAACUGGCGAGGCUGCAUUUUUCUGCUCCAACAACAAAACAACAACGAGGGAAAAGACGAGCGGCUGCUGAGACUCUAAAUUGACUGUUGGUGUUGACGUGGAACGUCCAGAGCGUGUCCUGCCUCUCACCUACAGUCAGCCGGGACAUACACUACGUGGUUCUGCCGGCGUUCUCAUUCCCGUCCACUUCUAGUUGCUGCAACAAAUAACCAACAUCCAUGUCUUGGCUUGAGAGUCGCCGGGAUUCUCUCCCUCUGGUUCACCAGGCAGUGCGACGGCGUUUCUCCGGCCCGCUGCUGCUGCCUCCAUUGAGGAGAAGACACUCGUGCCAGGAGCACACGCGGCUGUCUACGGCACACGGCGUGCCGUUGGAUCAACUCGAAGUGCUGUACAGAAGAGCAUUGGCCAGCCAUGACGAGCACUGUUUUGACCUGGAGAAUGGCCUGUCGGUGGGUCGCAGUCCACUGGACUCUCAGACUAGUCCGGGAUCUGGUCUGGUGCUUCAGGCCAACUUCCCCCACAGUCAGCGCCGUGAGUCUUUUCUCUACCGCUCGGACUCCGACUUCGACCUUUCGCCCAAAACCAUGUCACGCAACUCAUCCACUGCCAGUGACCUACAUGGAGAAGACAUGAUCGUGACUCCAUUUGCACAGGUUCUUGCCAGUCUGCGAACAGUCCGAAGUAACUUUGCCGUUCUGACACAUCUGCAAGACCGUGUGGGAAGCAAGCGGCCGUCGAGCAGCAACCAGCCGUCCAUGUGUAAGCCAUGUCUCGGAGAGGAGCCUUACCAGAAGCUUGCGAUGGAGACACUGGAAGAGCUGGACUGGUGUUUGGACCAGCUGGAGACGCUGCAGACGAGACACUCUGUCAGUGAGAUGGCGUCCAAUAAGUUUAAGAGGAUGCUGAACCGUGAGCUGACGCAGCUUUCAGAGACAAGCCGCUCAGGGAAUCAAGUGUCAGAGUUCAUUGCUAACACCUUCUUAGAGAGACAACAUGAUGUGGAGAUCCUGUCUCCACCUUCUAAGGAGAAGGAGAAGAAGAAAAGGCCAAUGUCGCAGAUCAGUGGUGUGAAAAAGGCCACGCAGAGUCCCAGCUUAGCACCGACCUGUAUCCCUCGCUUCGGAGUCAGCACGCCGCAAGAGAGUCUACUGGCCAAGGAGAUCGAGAACGUUAAUCAUUGGGGCCUGGAUAUUUUCAAGAUAGCAGAAUUUUCGGGAAACCGUCCUCUGACAGUGAUCAUGUACUCCGUCUUCCAGGAGAGAGAUCUUUUAAAAACCUUUAAAAUCCCAGUCGACACCUUCAUCACCUUCAUGAUGACCUUGGAGGACCACUACCACGCUGACGUAGCUUAUCACAACAACAUCCAUGCAGCUGACGUGGUGCAGUCCACCCAUGUCCUCCUGUCCACCCCAGCUUUAGAGGCCGUGUUUACAGACCUGGAGAUUAUGGCUGCUCUCUUUGCAAGUGCCAUUCAUGAUGUCGACCACCCUGGAGUCACAAACCAGUUCCUAAUAAACACCAGUUCAGAGUUGGCGUUGAUGUAUAACGAUACCUCGGUGCUGGAGAACCACCACCUCGCUGUGGGCUUUAAACUGCUCCAGGAAGACAAUUGUGACAUUUUCCAAAACCUCAACAAGAAACUGAAAGACUCCCUCCGCAAGAUGGUGAUCGACAUGGUGCUGGCCACAGAUAUGUCCAAACACAUGAACUUCUUGGCGGACAUGAAGACAAUGGUGGAAACCAAGAAAGUGACAAGUCUGGGAGUCUUGCUGCUCGACAACUACUCUGACCGCAUUCAGGUUCUGCAGAACAUGGUCCACUGUGCUGACCUGAGCAACCCGACCAAGCCGCUGGAGCUGUACCGGCAGUGGACAGACCGCAUCAUGGUGGAGUUCUUUACCCAGGGAGACCGAGAGCGGGACAAGGGCAUGGAGAUCAGUCCCAUGUGUGACAAACAGAACGCCUCCAUAGAGAAGACUCAGGUGGGGUUCAUCGACUACAUUGUCCAUCCUCUGUGGGAGACCUGGGCAGACCUGGUGCAUCCGGAUGCCCAGGACAUCCUGGACACUCUGGAGGACAACAGGGAGUGGUACCAGAGUAUGAUCCCCCACAGCCCGUCGCCUUCCAGCCCAGAGGAUCACCUUGUUGAGGGGGAGCCUGGAGGAGGAGCCUUGGGAGCAGGAGGAUCUGUCCAUUCAGGAGGAGGAGGUGGAGGGGACAAGUUCCAGUUUGAACUCACACUUGAGGAAGAGGAGGAGGAGGAGGUGAUGGAGUCUGAUUCAGAGAGCCCCACAGAAGAUGAGUCCCAAUGGGGUAAGGAGCAGCAGCAGGACUCCUCCUCCCCUUCUCUGUCCCCGGACCCUCGCAGCAGCAACACCAGGUACCGCCCUCCUUCGCCUCACCCCCCACGGACCCUGAGUUUAGCUGCUAUGUCGGUGCAGAGCUCCCUCUCUCAAAGACAGCCGGCCGCCCCACGACGGGCAGGCGAAGACAGGGACAAUAAACUGAGCCAGGAGGGCGACGGUGUGACCUGUCUGCGUAUGAACACGUAACAACCAGCACAACCUGCCCUGCCUAAUAUACACAAAGCACUGGGUGUAGGAAGAAGGAGGCAGGGCAGGCAUUUUUAAAUAAGGUCUGUAAAAUCACCACAGUCCCUUUACACUGGAGACACCCACUCUGGAGAACAGAGGGAU